AUGGCCGAUAACGAGACUGAGCCGCCUUUCAUCACGUUGCGUCUUCUCGCAGAAAUCUCUCAGCGGCAACGUAACCACCCAACCGCACGAAUGAAAGCAUCUAAAGAAAUUUACUUGGACAAGGAGAGGAGAAUGGCACCGAUGGAGCUUCUCCUGUUAUUCGUGAUGUGUUUUCCCAGUUACUCGAGACAGAGUGGAACAUCUUUCAGUAGUCUGACCGGUAUGGAUAUGGUCAAAAUGCUGGCUACCGCUGUGAAGACGGAGCCGACAUCGACGAUGGCUCCUGCCCCGAGUCAGACGAAGGAAAUGAAACUCAUUUCCCAGCUGAUUCAAGGGAAAAACACGAAAGACAGAAACUCGAACCAAAGACUCAAGAGGGUUCUCCUGCUUAAUUCGACGGCUGUGUGCAAUGACGGAUCCCCUGCAGGGUACUACAUCCGUAGGAAUCCGGCGAGCAAACGUUGGAUAAUUUUUUUGGAAGGCGGCUGGUAUUGCUUCAACGAAAGAACCUGUCUCCUGCGAUGGAGGAACAACGGCCACUUGAUGAGUUCUCGUUGGUGGCGAGAAUCAAGACACGCCGGCGGAAUCCUGUCCUCAGAUUUGGCGGAAAAUCCUCAUCUCUGGAACGCGAAUCAUGUAUACCUUCCCUACUGUUCGAGCGACGGCUGGAGCGGGUCGAAGAUGGCUGGAAAGCCGGGAGAAUUCUCUUUCAUGGGCUCGGUCAUAAUUCAGAGCGUCAUCGAUGAUUUACUCAACUCAAAGGGCCUGAACACCGCUCGGACCAUUUUCUUAUCCGGGAGCUCAGCAGGUGGCGCCGGAGUUUUCCUUAACAUAGAUCGAAUGGCGGACCACCUGCGCGGCCUCGGGCAUCGGGCCAAAAUUCGGGGUAUCGCCGACUCCGGAUGGUUUAUGGACAAUGAACCUUUCGAGAAACAGCAUUUGUGCAGCGAUGUUCACAACUGCGAUGUCGUCACGUCUGUCCGGAGUGGCUUAGAGUAUUGGAAUGGUCAGCUCCCCGAGAGAUGUACGCAAGAUCUGCCGAAGGGAGAUCACUGGACUUGUUACUUCGGAUAUCGCAUAUACCCGACGCUUAGGACUCCGACUUUUGUCGUUCAGUGGUUGGUCGACGAGGCACAGGUCACUAUCGAUAACGUAGGAACUCCAGUAUCGAAAGCCCAGUGGGCAUACAUCCACCGGAACAUCGAGAAACUGAGGCAAUCUCUACAGAACGUGACGGCUCUAUUCGUACCGUCCUGUAUAUCACACACGAUCCUGACCAAGCCGGACUGGGGAAAGAUAAAAAUCCGUAAUCGGAGCUUACCUCAAGCCAUACGUUGCUGGGAAAACCAACCUCACGAGCACAAUCAUCAUGAGCAUCAUCCGGAUCAUCAUCUGCACGAUAAAAUCAAAAAACCAAGACAUUCCCUCGGUCAUUCCAGGAGUGCGAACGCCAACGUCAAGAAAAGGAGGAAAAAUCGUCGUUCUCGAACCGGAAGUCGCAAACGCAUGCUGCGCAGUGAAUCAGUUUACUCGAAAAUGCUCAAAUACUCAACUCAUCCUCCCACGCCAGAAGACGCCCACUUCCAGCAUCGAUGGCGUUUGCAUGAAGAUCUUUGCGAUCAUCGUUUGGUGGACGAAUGCGAUUUCCCUCAUUGCAAUAUGCAGUGCCCGAAGCUGAAAAAUCCCCAGACUGGCGAAGAUAUCGAGCUCACGGAUCUGCUUCGGUCGUUCGGUUUGGACAUGAAUAACGCGGCUGCGAUUCUUGGCAUGAACGUGAGCCAGCUCUACGGGAUGAGUCAGGACGCCCUUCUACAGAUGCUCAACUCCCAGUAUUCGACAUCGAAGACAUGA